AAUAUUCUGCGCUGACAUCUGACGUACAACUGUGCGAAAAACGUCAAAAAGAGAAGUGAAAAAAAUGUCGAGAAACGACGGACGAAAUGACACAAGUGAUUCAGCUUUUCGAAAAAUUGACGUAGAUCAAUAUAAUGACAAUAAUUUUAAAGAAGAGGAAGUUGAUAGCGGAACUACAGGACCGACCGGUCCGGAUGAAAACGAAAUUCUACAACUCCUUAGCCAGGGUAAAAAUGCCGAGGCAUUAAUUUCUGUACUAAAAUUCGCUCCACUCGGUUGUAAAAAUCAACAAAUCAAGGACAAUGCUAGAAACUUAACACAAAAAGUGUUAUUAAGUAUAAAAUCAAAUCAAAUAGAUGACUGUAUAGCACAAUUGGAUCGUGAUCUAAUAGACGUGCUAAUGAAAUACAUUUAUCGUGGUUUUGAAAUUCCAACGGAUGGAAGUAGUGGACAUUUAUUAUUAUGGCAUGAGAAAGUCUAUAAUGUCGGUGGUGUUGGAUGUAUUGUUCGUGUAUUUGCCGACAGUAAGAGAGCUUAAAAAAUGUUAUCACUUCCAUUUUUUCAUUUUGUUAUAAUUCAAAAAAUAGAAAUUGAAAAUUGUAUCUAGAUCUUACAAUUUUUCCACUAAAAAAAUGAAAAAAAGAAAAACAGAACCACAGUGCAUUUAUGUCAAGUUGUUUGUCAAUAAAUUUUUAUUUCUUCUACUUACAGAGAAAAAAAAACUUCUUAAUUAAUUAAAAGUAAUUCAAUAAAACAGCUCAAGUUUUAUAUAUA